AUGGCAGCGCAACUGUUCAAUCGUAUUGGCCAACUCGGUUUGGGAGUAGCUUUGGUUGGAGGUGUUGUAAAUUCAGCUUUAUAUAACGUGGAUGGUGGGCACAGGGCAGUAAUAUUUGACAGAUUUGCUGGUGUCAAAAAUUUGGUGGUUGGUGAGGGCACUCACUUUUUCGUUCCUUGGGUGCAGAGACCGAUUGUGUUUGACAUAAGGUCAAGACCUCGUAAUGUGCCAACUGUUACAGGAAGCAAAGAUCUUCAAAAUGUGAACAUCACCCUUCGUAUUCUAUUUAGACCAGUGCCUGAUCAACUCCCAAAGAUCUACACAAUUCUUGGCAUUGACUACGAUGAAAGAGUGCUGCCAUCUAUUACAGCUGAAGUAUUGAAGGCUGUUGUAGCUCAAUUUGAUGCUGGAGAGUUAAUUACACAGAGAGAGAUUGUUUCACAAAAAGUGAACGAAAGCUUAACAGAGAGAGCAGCCCAGUUCGGUUUGAUCUUAGAUGAUAUUUCAAUCACACAUUUGACAUUUGGUAAAGAGUUCACCCAGGCUGUAGAAUUGAAGCAAGUCGCACAGCAAGAAGCUGAAAAGGCGAGAUUCUUAGUAGAAAAGGCUGAACAACAAAAGAAAGCUGCCAUUAUUUCGGCCGAGGGAGAUGCUCAAGCUGCGGUUCUGUUAGCUAAGUCUUUCGGAAGCGCUGGCGAAGGUCUCGUUGAGCUCAGACGUAUAGAGGCCGCAGAAGAUAUCGCCUACCAACUAUCCAAAUCGCGCAACAUCACCUACUUACCUCAAGGACAGAAUGUUCUUUUAAACCUUCCGACACAAAACUAA